AUGAGCAAAGCCGUCAAAAUAGAUCCAUCAAGCGAAAGCAGCCGGGAACUGCCGCCCGGUACGUUCAAGCUCUUCAUCGGCAAUGUCGACGAGAAGACGCAGCCGUCCGAACUGCGGCCACUGUUCGAAAAAUACGGUACGGUCGUCGAAUGCGAUGUGGUGAAGAAUUUCGGCUUCGUCCACAUGGAAAACGAAGAUCAGGGCCGCGAGGCGAUACAGCAUCUGAACGGGUACGUGAUCGGCGGUCAACCGAUAAAAGUGGAGGCGGCCAGAAGCCGCCGGGCACCGAACGCCAACACGACGAAAAUUUUCGUCGGUAACCUCACGGACAAAACGCGCGCACCGCAGGUACGCGAACUGUUUCAAAAGUUCGGUGCCGUCGUCGAGUGCGAUAUCGUGCGGAACUAUGGCUUCGUGCAUCUCGAUCCGACCGGGGACGUGAACGAUGCGAUCCGGGAACUGAACGGCAUGAUGGUGGACGGCCAACCGAUGAAGGUACAGGUGUCCACCAGCCGUGUCCGGCCGAAGCCCGGUAUGGGCGAUCCGGAACAGUGCUACCGGUGCGGUCGUGCCGGCCACUGGUCGAAGGAGUGUCCGCGUCUAAUCUGGGCCGAACGUGGCUUCCGCGAACGCAGCAUGUACGCCCGGGAUCCGUAUCCGCCGCCGCCACCGCCGCCAUUCCUUCGCGAUCGUAUUAUGGACGGAUUUAGGGACACGUUUGAUUACUAUGACCGCUACGAAGAUCCGCGCGACCUGUUCGAAAGGCGGUACGGUAUCCGGGGCCGUGACUUUCCCCCCAUAAGACGCGAACCAAUGCCACCGAUACCGCCACUGAUGAGGCGUAGCGUAACGGAGAGCAGUCGUAGCAGCAGCAGCUACGAAGCCAUCUUUAGCCGGCGUACGCCACCGCCGACCAGUCGGAAUGGAAGCAGCAGCAUAAGCCGCUUCGGUGUGUACGAAGACUUUAGCCGGGAUUCGUUCGAUGAUAGGCGCGGUCUGCGUGGACCGUCGCCAACCCAUCGGUACGCACCGUACUGA